AUGAAGCAACGCACAACACUCAUGCACUAUACAUUGAAAGGGCUAUCUCCACUUCUUAGUCCAUAUAUACUAUCACCAAUAAGCAAAGACGUCAAUUUCUACAAAGAUUUCGAAGCUCGAGCCCAGCUUAUACGCGCAUUAUUGGAUCAGGGAGCUGACCCUAAUGGUAGGGCAGAAGUGGAAAUCGUAAACUUGACUAGCAAAGAUUUUGUAUCCACGCCUGGUAUGCAACAGGAGACGGCAUGGGCGCGUCUUCUGCAAAUCAUAGCCCAUACAUUCGAUGAUACUGUUUUCGUCGACAAUACAGUAUCAACUUGGGUUGAACUGGUAAACGAGCUUUUAAAGCAUGGCGCGAAUCACCGAGAACUCGUUCAAAAUCUGAAGCAUCAUAUACAAUUCUCAAUCUUGAUUCGUACGUACCCAUCCCCGCCAUGUAUGUUUCAUUCACGCGUCGUCUUUAAUUAUCAGGCACAACCCCUGGACAUAAUUACAAACUUUAUACGCAACGAUGAGCUUACCUACGACAUAACCCGCACUCUACAGCCAACCGGCCACUACGACCCUGUUCGUUUUAAUAAUGUAUAUUUCCACACAUCCUUAGUUGGUGACGAGUUUCUAAGAAAAGUCUUUGAUAUCGAGAACCUCAUUUACUUAACUAAUGAAGGCACUUGGGAUGUCAGCCAUAGGGUCUUGGAUCAUUUAGCUGCGGAGAUACUGGGUUUAUCUAAAUACAAAUGGGACAGUUCCGAUACUACUGGCGCUUCACGGCCCGGCUUGAGAACCGGACCGUUUACAACAAGCUACAACUUUUACUGCAUUAAUUUCUACCAGGGCUUAUCGGGGGAAGCGGCACCUAAUCCAUUAGUCGGAAUUCUGAAAAAGGUGCUUGGGAUCCUUAACGAAUUCCCUCCCCUACCUCGAGAAGCUGGUCCUAGUGUCGUCUACGUUAGAAAUUGA